AACUGUUACACGUUUUAAAUAACUCAUUAAAAUCAACAAUCUUGAGUAUUGUUUUACACAAGUCAUUUGGUUAAACUUACAAACCAGUGUUAGACCGAAAAUUGAAACCAUCUGAACUGACAUAUCAAUUAUUUAAAAGAUCUUGUGUCUAGUCACCUGAACCUAUUGAUCAUUAAGUGAUAAAUGCGACCUUUCUGCUUAUGGUGCUUGAUCCAUUAAAAGGACGGACUAGAAUUGAACGUUGUAAAUUUGUCUCCGUGUGAACAAUUGUCCGCAGCGUCCACGGAAAUCCAACUGUGGUCCGUUCAUUCAAUUGCGGUUCUGUGAGAUUUCAGCACCAUGGAAAGUAACAAGCGCCUCAUGCAGAUCAUCAAAGACAUGCGUUCUGACAUGAAGAAGCUGGAGUCAGAAAACAAAGCCCUACGGGUGAAGUUAGGUCAGUCUGGGAGAAGAGCAGAAAUAUUGGAAAACACAACCAUUACCGCUCUCCAAAAGCAGCUAAAAACCGAAGAUGCAUUAACGCACGUUAACCUGCGCAGGAAUAUCUCCGCCCCUGCACUGGAAGAAGAAACGAGAGAUAAUGCCAUGACAGUGAGACGUUACUCCAUAUCAUCAUUACAUGCCUUCAGUGUGGGUAAUAAUAAACAUCAGAAAUCUCCCGGUCAAAAUCCAACCUCUCACACAAGCGAACAAGAGAAUCCAGGAGCAGUGGCAUCGACUCAGCCUUGCGCAAUAAUGAAAUUCACCAAAAGCCAGAGAACGCUCGCUCAAUUACCAGACACUAAGACUUCAGAAGAAAACUGUUCACAAAAAGCAACCUUCCAAGAAUACGUCCAUAAAUGCAAAUUUAAAAUGAAGUCUGUAACAUUUCUUUUGCCUAUGGAUGUUGCAUCCCAUUCUGAAAGUCAAGGUUCUUCCCAUCAACCAGAGAAUCAGAAAUGCAAUCAACUAUCUCCUAUUCUGGAAAAUGAUUUCUAAGUGUUUUGCUUUAUACUUUAAGACAGAGUUUCCAUGAUCCACAUAUUGCAGUCAUAAUGAUGGGAAAAUUGACAUCAUUCACUGUUGUUAAUCUAUGAAACUGAUAAUUGGAGCAAGUGCACGGACAGCGAAUUGCAGAAAUCCAGAAGUUAUUAAUCAUACACUAAUCUUCCACUGGGUGCUUGUUCAAAUCUUCACAUUAAAAUCAUUGAGAUGACAUUGAUUUGAUGUGAGCUUCCACUUUUUAUAUUAUUAGUCCCCAUGGAAAAACACUGAAAAAGUUAAUAUUUGUGAAAUAAAGUACAGCUGGGGUGACAUGUUAAGUUAUAAUUACUUCUGAACAACUUAUCUGGCCCUGAAAAACAACUUUAUAUUUGUGGAAUG